UUUUGCAGCAUGAUAAGAAGAAGAGGCGUUAAAAACUCCGAGGAUCUGGGAGAAGAAUGCGACUCAGAGAAUAUUAUAGUAGUAUCUGAAUCAGAAACUGAAUCCUUUGAAGACAUUUUUACGGAAGAAUCUGAAGAGUUUGAAAGUUAUACUUCUGAGGAUGAAGUAGUACAAGAAGGUUCCGAAGUUGAUAAGAAUGAAAAAGUAUUUGAGAAAACUGAAAGUGUUCCUGUCAGUCAUGAAACUGAACUUCAAGUUAAUAAAGAUUUAAAGGAAAAAAAUUCUAUUGGCGAUCUUCAGAAUGACAUUCAAAGUUUGACCAUCAAAGAAGCCGUUACAAAAAAAGAAUUUUCGGCGGAAGUACUCAAAGAAAAUUCUUUAGAAAAACCUUUUUCAAGUCGUGAAUACCAUGAAUAUCCUGAAUCGAACUUUGAUCGUGAAGAUCCUAACUUUGUGCCCCGAUUGGGAAAGUUUUAUAUGCAUGAUACUAGAACUUUGGGGACUAAUUUUAGAGGACAAAAGAGUCAUAGAAAAUUGUGGAACGAUAAUCAAUCGCAACGGCGUUGGGUUCAUGAUAAAUUCGAUGAAUUAGCUAUUGAGUCACAGUCUAUAGAACAAGUCCCUUGUGAGUCCAGACGUUAUAAUUCUACAAGAAAAGAUGAUUAUCAUCCCCAUCAUAACGGCACUUUUAGAAAAAAUAGAAGAAAUCACUACAGAAAUAACUUAAGCUCUUCUCCGCGUGUUGCUGAUGAGUUUUCUACUGUUCAAGCUGUGUCCAGUUAUGAAAACGUUCCAUUAACUUCUGAAGGUGUAAGACUCGUCGGUUACAGAGAUGGUUAUUUUCCACGUUCGAGAGGUAGAAAUAGACGCCCACGAGGUAGAGAGUCUUCCUUUCCAGUGAAAGGAAUACCCGAGCUGCGCCUCCCUCGUGGCGACUUCCCUCGUUGUAUUGGUGAGGACCCGCCUUACAUGCAUCGCCCCAUCCAGUCAUAUCACGACUUUGACGAUCGUUAUAAACCCAAAAGGAAAUCUAGAAGAGGCCCAAAAAACCGAAUAGCCGAUUGUAAAUCUGCUAGUUUUGAUAAAAAUCAUUCAGUAAAUAAGGAAAGAUUCUAUACUGUAUCUGGUGAUAAUAAGACUAGCACAGUCGGUAGAGGUUUAGAGGAUGCUUCGGGCAAUAAUAAUAGUGAUGUUAAAAGUAUUAAUGAGGACGAUAGAGAUGAUGGUAAAACUCCAGCCAUUGUUAGUAGCACUGAUCUCUGCGAGCGUGUUGACCAAGGUUUCGUCCCCCAUGAAAAUAAUUCUAUUGGAGAUGAAACUCAGGUUGAAGUUGUGAAUGACGAUAAUAAAACUGUUAGGAACUUAUCUGAUCUUAAUGUUAAUCGCCCAAGCGUAAAUGCAAAUGUUGAAGUUUCCGAGAAAACUGAUUUUGAUCCUUCUUCUAUCCAAAGCAGCUUAUAUACUUUUAAUUCCAGAAAUUCUGCUUCAUUUCUCCCGUCACCUUCUCGGGCUUAUCGUUCUUUCAAGUAUCCUAAGUCCCAAAGGAAUAAAGCUUGGUCUAAAUAUAAUGCUACUGUGAAUGGUUUUUACGAUCAGCAGAAUUUAUACCAGCUGGGGCAUCCGUACGACUCCCAAUAUUCGGAUUAUUAUAUGGGGCUUUAUUUAGAUUAUUCAGGGUCGCCUUAUAUGGCUGCUUCUUACUCAGCUUAUGAAGACCCCUAUGGUCUCUACGUGGUUGACCCCUUGUACGCCCAGUAUCCUGCAAUUCCUUAUCAGCCCUAUCCUUAUAUACCAGCUAAUAGAGGAAGAUCACCCCGUUAUAACAAUAGUCGCUCAAUACGCAAGAAUGCUCCGGGAGAGUUACGACAUUAUGAUGGGAAAGAAGUUUCUUCUGCUCAGUCAAGCGGUUGAAUGAAAGGGACUUUCUUUCUUCUUAAGAUUUUUGUUGAUUGAAAGCGCAUACCCUGAAAUUCCCUCCAAACAAAGAAAACAUCUUUCGUUCUUAUAACUGCUCCCAUCGCACUUUAUUUUGCUGUUAUAAUAAGAAUGUAAAGCAAUAUUUAAAGGUUUUUAAGGGGG